AUGUCAGGCCAGAAUUUGACCCUCACUGCAAGUGAUGGAACUGAGUUCGUUGUUGAGAGGCGGGUUGCUGAGCAUUCUGCUCUUAUCAAAGAUCUUCUUCGAGACAUCGCAGUCGAUUCUGACGAUGAGAUACCUCAAGGCACCAAUGUCCCGAUUACGGAAGUUGACAGCCAGGUAUUGCAAAAGGUGCUUGAGUGGUGCAGGCAGCGCGUGGCUCCUGAUCCAGCUAGAGAAACAGGUCCGUGGACUCACAUGGAUGAGCAAAUGGAACAGAUCGACAACAGCAUGUUAAUCAAAAUCAUAAAGGCAUCAAAUUACCUUGAUAUCAAGGCUCUUCUUGAACAAUCUCAAGACGUAGCUUCGAAUAGGAUCAGAGGCAAGUCGCCUGAAGAUAUCAAAAGCAUGUUCAGAAUCCAGGAAUAUGCUGUUCCGCCAAAUCUUGACUUCAGCUCUUCUGCAAGCUCCGAGACGGUCACGUUACUACCUUACACUAGCAAUUUUCAUGCCACAGUCACCGCAGCAUGGCAAGUUCGCCAUAUGCUGCAACAAAUACUUCCAAAUGAGCUUGCAAAUCCGAUUGCCAGUUCUGGAUAUAGCCCCUGGUGGGUCAAGCGCAGAGUCGAUGAACGCACAUACCACGCGAGCGAUUUCUCUCAUCCUAGCGUUGCAGGCUUGUACCUCAGUACUGAUCCGAUCCCCUAUCCGCCGAGUGAGUUCGUCAAGAUGCGCCCAAGACGUAUAGUUUUCCAGACGAGAGCGGCAGAUCAAGGUUGGGUUUCAUGGGGAGGAGAAGGAACUUUCAACAACAGUCAUACGUGGUUCGAGGCUAGUAUCUUACGCCCUUUGACGGACAGGGUAGCGAGUUCUGGAAACUUCACAGCGCUCGAAGACGAUGAGAAAUUGUCAGAGCCUUUCCGAAACGCUGAAUCUGCAAGAGAGAUGCUCAACGAGAAAGGUUGGGAUUUUGUUUACAGUGACAAUGGUGAGUUCACUUGGAGAGUAUGCAACAACAUCACGGCACAAAGAGAAUUCCAGGACUACAGGAAUGAGUGGAGAAGGAGCGUCGAUACUGUGGUGCAGGAUCCGAGAGCGCUAGGUGAAGGCAAAGGGUUUCUGGAUCUAUUAGAACCAGGACAUCUCGUGGUUCUUUGGGCAAGAGCAGAGUAUGGGGGAUGGGUCCAUUAUGUGGAAGCAGCUACCGUCGAAAUCGAGCUUGAGCUACUGUAG